UCUACGGCAGCUCCCGGCGUGCCGCGCGCGGGUGCGGCCAUGUUGCGGGGCAAUGUUCCACAGCAGCACGCAGCGCCGGCACUGGACCUUCCAUGGCGAGGAGGAGCUGGCACGGCGCCGCGCUGAGGGGAACCGCCGGGCCCGGGCCAGGGCGGCGGCCAGCGGGAAGGUGCCGCAGGGCGACCCGGUGCUGCUGGAGCCGCACGAGGAGCUGGCGCUAUGCAAGUACUACGAGAAGAGGCUUCUGGAUUUCUGCGCCGCGUUCAAGCCCGCCAUGCCGCGGUCCGUUGUGGGAACAGCUUGCAUGUAUUUCAAACGUUUUUACCUCAAUAACUCAGUGAUGGAGCAUCAUCCUCGGAUUAUAAUGCUAACAUGCAUAUUUUUGGCCUGUAAAGUAGAUGAAUUUAAUGUAUCCAGUGCACAGUUUGUUGGUAACCUUCGAGAAAGUCCUCUUGGACAGGAAAAAGCUCUUGAACAAAUACUGGAAUAUGAACUUCUGCUUAUUCAGCAACUGAACUUCCAUCUUAUCAUCCACAAUCCAUAUAGGCCAUUUGAGGGAUUUCUAAUUGAUAUUAAGACUCGCUAUCCAGUGCUGGAAAAUCCUGAAGUUUUGAGGAAAACAGCUGAUGACUUCCUUAACCGAGUGGCUCUGACAGAUGCAUAUCUGCUCUUUACUCCCUCACAGAUUGCUCUCGCUGCCAUAUUAUCUAGUGGCUCAAGAGCAGGAAUUAAUAUGGAAAGCUAUUUAUCAGAAAGUCUUAGGCUGAAAGAGGACAGAUCAACCUUAUCCAGAUUACUAGAUGAAAUGAAAUGCAUGAAAAAUCUCAUAAAAAAAUAUGAACUGCCGAGGCCUGAAGAGGUUGCUGCUCUAAAACAGAAGUUAGAGAAGUGUCACAGCUUGGACCUCUUAUUUAAUACAAACCCGAAGAAGAGGAAAGGUUAUGAAGAUGAUGAAUAUGUCACAAAAAGAUGUAAAAUGGAUGAGGAAGAGUGGACUGAUGAUGAUCUCAUGGAUUCAGCAUUACUUUGAAGGAAGACAGACUCCUACCACUACAGGAACUACCCUCUGGUGUCAGGUCCAGCACUGGCAAGAUUAGCUUCAAGAAAUCUGGCCCUUGUUUUUGGUUCAGAAAGAGUUUGAUGUGGCUGCAGUGUAGUGUUAAGAACACCAGCUGAUUUUUUUACUUUUUUAUAAACCCAGUUAAGAGUUCUGCAAUACAAACACAUUACAUGCAGCUUUAGGUGUUCCCCAGCUUCACUCUUUUUGCAUUUUGUGUGUAACAAAUUAGGUAGGCAGCUCUGUCUUUCAGUUUGUAUUUUUACCAUGUUAUAUUGCCUGUACCAAAGCAACCAAAUCCACAAAAUAAUCCCUUUUACACACUCUGUUAAAGAUCUAAGUAGGACACACUGAAAGAUAAAUUACUUAUUUGUCUAAAAUGUAAUAUAACAUAGACUUGACAUGGUUAUGGGACAAUCUAAGAAAAGACUUCUGUAGUAACAAGGUGUUGCAAACACAUGUAUUGUCACUAUGGCAGAGCAUCACAUGUGUCUGUCUAGUGUCAUACAUAUGUUAUUUGGGAGCUUUCACCUUCAAAAAGCUGUUCCAGCUGGAGACCAGGGCAACACAGCAAGAGCCACUUAAAUAUUACAGUAAAGUUGCAAAAGCAAAGUCUCUGAUUUAUGUGACAGUGAUUUGGCAGUUCCCAUAGACAGGAAAAACAUUCUUAAGUGUUGUAAAGGUUUGCAACAGUAUUUGUAUGAUAAAAUUAUUUUAGUGGUUAUUUCAUUAGUUUUGUCAGUGAAUCCUUUUAUUCUAACAAACCGUGAUGAUGAAAUACCCUUUAAAUCAAUAGCACAUCUUACUUCUCAUCUUUUUUAACACUUUGUGGGAGUGCAAUGGGCAGGAACACCUUCCACUAGACAAGGUUGCUCCAAGCCUCAUCCAACGUCACCUUCAACACUUCUUGGGAUUGGGGCAUCCCUGCCUUCUCUGGCACUCUGCCAGUCCCUCACCCCACUCACAGGGAACAAUUUAUUAAAUCUCAACCUAUGCAAGGAGUUUUAACAUCUACGUUCUCACCCAAAGAUGUACAAAUUAAGACAUUAGGACAAGGCCAUGCUGACUGAGGACUCAUGCUUAAAAAAUGACACAUAUUAAACACUGCAAAGUAUGCCACCAGUGCAGACACUAAAAAAUUUCUGCAGCAGCCAUGCAGCCAGUUUCCAAAGAGUUAGAAAUACGCAGCUUGAUUUAUUUUAUUUUCACUUAUAAAAAUAUUUAUGCUAGGCUUACAGUACAAGAAAGACCAAACAAUACCUAUUUUAUAAAAUGGUUUAAUGAAUGCAUGCAUGUCUGAUAUAAUGAUCAAUAAAUUUACUGAAUUCAAAUUA